AACAUUUAUAAAGGAUAGAAAAUAACCUAGAACUUCUGACGAGUUGCUACAUUUACAAUCUAAAAACUAUUUUCAAUAUAAGAAACAUUGGCUUAUUUCGUGUUUGUGAACUAAACUAUCGAAAUGCGCUUGAAGUUAUUUUUAACUCCAAUUAAUACCUACCGAAUGAUGGUUUGCCGAUAUUCCUCGUCAAACAAAGACCCCAAGAUAGUCCCCAUUGAUGAAGGAAGCACGUUAUUAGCAUGGCAUCCCAAAAAGGAUUUCCCUUACGAAUGUACAAAGCCUCUGCCUGAGAAAGUUGAAUUUGCAGAGGCCAGUGUGUUGAAGACGACACUCACUCCGGAGGUUAUGAGUAUAUUCAACAAAAAGACCCCCGAGCAAGCUAGACAAGAACUCAUGAACAUAACCCAUACAACGAAACACAGGUGGUUUCCUAGAGCUAGAGAUAAGCGUGCUAAAAAGACCCCGAUGGAUAGACCAUACUUGUAAAUUUAAAAAUCCUGUAGUUCAACUCGUUUUUAAUUAAACAAUGCAAGUUACAUG